GUUCACACCACGGAAACGGUCUAAAACGCCCCCCCCAAAGUACUAACACUGCAGUUGCAUUGACUGCGUUGUUGGUGUUAUCGUCCAUAUUACUGUACUAUAACUAGUUUUGGGGAUAAAAACAUGGAAGCCAAGCUGAAGAAAGAGUUGGGGACAGCAAUGCUGAAGCCAACUGGUCACUCAGGAGGUGGAUGCAUCAGCGAGGGCCAGAGUUAUGAUACUGACAGUGGGAGAGUGUUUGUGAAGAUAAACCACAAGAGUGAGGCCAAAUUGAUGUUUGAUGGGGAGAUGGCCAGUUUGGAAGCAAUUGGAAAGACAGAAACCGUCAAAGUCCCCAAACCUGUGAAGGUGAUCGAGCUGGACAGAGGAGGAUGUGUGUUUGUGAUGGAGCACCUGGACAUGAGAGGUCUCAGCAAGUACUCAAAGCACCUCGGAGAGCAACUGGCAGAUCUGCACCUGCACAACAAGAGACAAAUGGAGAAAUUGAAUAAGGAGCAGCAUACAGUUGGAAAAGGAGCCGGGCAGUCUGAGGUGCCUGUUGUUGAAAAAUUUGGCUUCAGUGUAACCACAUGCUGUGGAUAUCUACCACAGGAGAACGAGUGGCAGGAUGACUGGGUGGCGUUUUACUCCCGGCAGAGGCUGGAGCUCCAGCUCAACAUGGUGGAGAAGUCGUACGGAGACAGGGAGGCCAGAGAGCUUUGGGCCAAGCUACAGCUCAAGAUCCCCCAGUUUUUUACAGAUGUGGAGGUUGUCCCCGCUCUCCUCCACGGAGACUUAUGGGGAGGAAACGUAGCGGAGUGUGCAGAAGGCCCCGUCAUCUUCGACCCAGCCUCCUUCUAUGGCCAUUCAGAGUUCGAGCUGGGUAUUGCUGGGAUGUUCGGUGGCUUCAGCAGCUCUUUUUACUCCGCCUACCAUGAAAAGAUUCCUAAAGUGCCUGGCUUUGCAAAGAGAAACCAGCUUUACCAACUCUUCCACUAUCUGAAUCACUGGAACCACUUCGGUGGUGGCUACAGAGGCUCCUCAAUAAGGAUUAUGAAGGACCUGCUUAAAUAACUGAAUACACAUAGAUUUGUAGAAAGCUCUACAGUCUUAAACUCAUGCAAAGUAUUAUGUAUAUAUUGACUGAUGCUAGUUUGACCAAAUACAGUGUGGCUCGCUGUUGAAGAGACUAAAAUAAUAACAUAAUAAGCUAAUUCUGCCCUGCCUGCUCCAUCUAAACCAGUCUGUGUUAACUACAGUGUGGGUAGGUUGCCUACAAGGUACAUUUCCUGCAAUUGGAAGAGUAUAUUUUGGUUUUUGGUUUUAGUUUGUAUGCUACACACCUGUUUUCAGGUUUAGAUCUGUUUUCAUUGCCCACAUUUGACCAUCAGCUGACUGAAUUACAUUGCCGUGCUGUGAUUUCAGUGAACUCCAGUGAUAGCAGAACUGUUUAACUUUAUCUACAUCAUCGUAAUAGCUGAGCUGUUGAUGUGAUGUACCUUCUAACACACUACAUGCACCUUCAAAAAUGUUGUUGUGCAGGAAUGACUUUCAAUUCGCUGCUUAACCAACAAUAAAUCUUGUGGUGAUCCAACCUGCUGAA